UGCUGCUGAUUGGCUGGGCAGCUAAGGGGGCGGGAUAACCCGGGGGAACCUGGAUUCUGGGAAUCCCGCUCCUCAUAUUAAACUACAACUCCCAGAAAGCAUUGAGGCUACGCGUAGACGACCACAUCGGCUGCUUUUCAUUGGUCUGGCGGCGGCGGAGGGCUGUUUUGAUUGGCUGAGGGUGGAGUUCGUAUGUGCUUGUUUAGCGCCACAGUGCUGGCUGCGGCUGCUGUGAGUUGUGUGGCUGCAGGUGGGCUCACGCGAUUCAAUUUCGAAAAAAAAACCUAUUGAGAACUCACUCUUAGCUGCUAGGCGCUGCAGGAACUGGAAACACACUGACCUGUGUAAGAGGAUGCCCUGCGAGUGUCCAUAAUUUUCAGGGUGGAGAAGUCUCGCUCAAAAAGCUGAAAGAGGUUGCAACCUUGACCGAGGUAGUAUUAGAGCUGGCGUACUCAGCUCUGGCAUCACCUUACUGGUGUGGCUUAAGAAGAAGUCAUCAGGAUCUUUGUAUUUGGAAAGCUAUAUAAAUGUCAGUGUGAGUAAUGUUUACUAUGUUCUCCUGGAGGAAUACCUGAGUAUGGAUAUCUGGGGAGAAGAGAGAAUGCCCCUCUCCCCUCUUUAUAAAAAUCACAUUAGGGAUUUAAAGUUAAGAAUUGACUUUACUAUAAUUUCUGUUAUUAAACUGUCCAUCAAGUUAAUUCUAAACAAGGGUGGGAACCUCUUAUGGUUUCGGCAGAAUUUUGUUGGGCUGGAAGGCCAUUUAGGAUGCUGAAAAGAUGAGCAUAGUAAUUUAGCAUCACAAAGUGCUAGGUGGAGUUGUUUAGAGCAGUCUUCUUUGUGUUCUGUCUCAUUAAGUAGCCUGGCCCUUAGUUAGGAGUCAAGGAAUCUAGAAUGAACAAACAGGAUGUGGUCUGCACAGUCUUGGGGCAGGUUUGGGGGAGGAGGGGCAUUAGUGACAUUUUACAUAAAUGGUCACCUCUUGAGUGGUGCGGUGAGUUAGUAUAUAGUUUCUCUUUAAUCAUCUUCUACUCCAAUCCACACUAACAUUCCCUUUCUUUCUUGUUCCAAAACAUGAAAUUUAAGUGUAGGGUUGAUUGUAUUAGUGAAUACCUUUUAGGUUUCAUUUCUAAUUAAAAAAAAAAAAAAUUAAAAAAUUAGAUGAAUGUAAGCUGCUAUCAGUCUUCCCUCCCACCCCCAACUUAGUUAAUUGCUUUUAGCUUAUUUAUAACCUUAAAAUAAUUUUUUUCUUUCUUUUCCCUGUGGUUUGUGGCUGCCCUACAAAACACUGAUCUGGUGAAAGUGAUCUGAUGGCAACCUCAGCCCACAAGAACUAUAGAUCUAUUUAGAUCUAUAUUUUUGAAAUAUUUAAUUUUUUUAAAAAGUUGAUUGAUUUUGAGAGAGAGAAAGAGAGUGUGCACUCAUGUGUGGAGGGGGAGGGGUGGAGAGAGAGAGAGAGAGGGAGAGAGAGAGCCUAGCAGACUCUUCUAUGUCAGCACAGAGCCCAAUGUGGGGCUCCAUCUCACAAACCGUGAGAUCAUGACCUAACCCGAAAUCAGGGGUCGGAUGCUCAACUGACUAAGCCACGCAGGCUUCCCAUAGACUGUUAGAAUUUUAACUCUUGCUGAACAUGCAUGCUCCGGAUUUUUUUUUUUUUUUCUGAUGUAAAUAUGCCCGUCCUUCACUCUUGACCUUCAAGUCUUGUUCCUUGAAACUUAUCUUAUUAUUGGCCACUUAUUUUUGAGGUCGUAAUGUCUCGGGAGACGGAUGUGGAGGGUCAGCCGCCCCAUGGCAGUGGUGCCUGUUCACAGUCCCAAGGCAGCUUCUCGCAGUCUCAAGGCAUCUCCUCCCAGACACAUGGCUCCUCCUCACACUCGCAGGGCACGUCCAGCUCUUCCACCAACACAGCACCCACAUCCAGCCAGUCCUCUCAUUCCAGCUCGGGGACUCUGAGCUCCUUAGACACGGUGUCCACCCAGGAACUCUGUUCAAUUCCCGAGGACCAAGAACCGGAGGAGCCUGUCCCUGCCCCUUGGGCUCGAUUGUGGGCUCUUCAGGAUGGAUUCACCAAUCUUGAGUGUGUUAAUGACAGCUACUGGUUUGGGAGAGAUAGGAGCUGCGAAUACUGCUUUGAUGAGCCACUGCUGAAAAGAACGGAUAAAUACCGGACUUACAGCAAGAAACACUUUCGGAUUUUCAGAGAAAUGGGUCCCAAAAACUCUUACAUCGCAUACAUAGAAGAUCACAGUGGGAAUGGAACCUUUGUAAAUAGAGAGCUUGUAGGGAAAGGAAGACGCCUUCCUUUGAGUAACAAUUCUGAAAUUGCACUUUCAGUGUGGAGUAAUAAAGUUUUUGUAUUUUUUGACCUGACUGUAGAUGAUCAGUCAGUUUAUCCUAAGGAAUUAAGAGACGAAUACAUCAUGUCAAAAACUCUCGGAAGCGGUGCCUGUGGUGAGGUGAAGCUAGCUUUUGAGAGGAAAACAUGUAAGAAAGUAGCCGUAAAAAUCAUCAGCAAAAGGAAGUUUGCUGUUGGCUCUGAGAGAGAGGCAGAUCCGGCUCUCAAUGUUGAAACAGAAAUAGAAAUUUUGAAAAAACUAAAUCAUCCUUGUAUCAUCAAGAUUAAAGACUUUUUUGAGGCUGAAGAUUAUUAUAUUGUUUUGGAAUUAAUGGAAGGAGGAGAGCUGUUUGACAGGGUGGUGGGGAAUAAACGCCUGAAAGAAGCUACGUGCAAGCUCUAUUUUUACCAGAUGCUCCUGGCCGUACAGUACCUUCAUGAAAACGGCAUUAUACAUCGGGACUUAAAGCCAGAGAAUGUUUUACUCUCAUCCCAAAAAGAGGACUGUCUUAUAAAGAUUACUGAUUUUGGGCAGUCUAAGAUUUUGGGGGAGACCUCUCUCAUGAGAACCUUAUGUGGUACCCCUACCUACCUGGCUCCUGAGGUCCUUAAUUCCUUUGGGACUGCUGGAUAUAACCGAGCUGUGGAUUGCUGGAGUUUAGGAGUUAUUCUUUUUAUUUGCCUUAGUGGGUAUCCACCUUUCUCUGAGCAUAAGACUCAAGUGUCCUUGAAGGAUCAGAUCACCAGUGGAAAAUUCAACUUCAUUCCCGAAGUCUGGGCAGAGGUCUCAGAGAAGGCUCUGGACCUUGUCAAGAAGUUGCUAAUAGUGGAUCCAAAGGUGCGCUUUACGACAGAGGAGGCUUUAAGACACCCAUGGCUUCAGGAUGAGGACAUGAAGAGAAAAUUUCAGAAUUUGCUUUUUGAAGAAAAUAAGUCGACUACUGUACCCCAGGUCCCAGCCCAGCCUUCCACGAGUCGAAAGCGACUUCUUGAAGGGGAAGCAGAGGACGCUGACGCCACAAAGCGUCUGGCUGUGUGUGCUGCUGUGUCGUGAACACUGGCUGAAUGAAAGCAACCUGCCUUCUUGGACCCUGCUGCCACUUUCUUGAAGUCUGUGUUUUAUCGUUUCUAUCGUAAUUAUGGGGACGGUUCCUUUUCCACGAUCAUCAAUACACAAUUCUGAACCUA